AUGGACACAGCAGCUGGUGAGUGGGAAGACAGCAUGCGAUGGAAGGGAAGUACUCCGGUUAGAUGGUCCAAUUACAAGGCUGAUGGUCUGGGCAAGUGUCCAGUGCACUGGUCGUUUCAGGCUGACAGGAUGUGUGAUCCAACGAAGAUUUGCCAUAAAUCACCUAAACAGAGUCAAAGAAGUCAUCUGGCAGGUUACUCCAAUCUUAACGCUUGCGUCUUGGCAAAGAGGAACCGGAACCGGAACCGGACAAUUUUUUUUUAUCUCAAAAUCUCCAUUCCGAGCAGUCACAGAGCCACAAAAUGGUACACAUACCUUUUCACCAACCCUUUUCGUAACAACAGUCAUCAUAUUAACCUUUUCACCAGUUACACGGGCCCAGACGUUAAAAAAGGCUUUCUUUUCAGCCGCACGCGACAGGGUAACCCCUCCCGGCUACUCGGAUUUUACGGCCUGUCCAGGGUUUCCUGUUUCGGAUAUAAGAACGCUCGGUACGGAGUUUUCGAUCACCCCCAUUUAGCAAGGACUAAUAACGGAGAGAUUAAGGAUCGAACACAAUAUUUUGCCUGUUCUUCACCAUUUGUCCAGUAUUAG